AUGAGACCACCACGAAUAGUUAAUCGCGGGCGAAUAGCACCGAAAUCGCCUUCACCACCAUCUGAUGUUAGUUCUGGACGAAAUUCAUUUUCAAGUGCAUCAGUUGUCAGUUCAGUUCCAGAUUCAGAACCAGAUCAAAAUACAGUGGAACAAGCUUGUGAAAAACUAGAAGAACCUGUUCAAGCAUCAUCUACAAAGAAAUAUGCACUUUAUACUAUGGGUGCGUGUGCCCUACUACUACUUCUUUUUGCUAUUGGUUUUGGUAUCGGUUAUCCGUUGACAAGAUCUACCCCAUUAGCGCCGACUCCGACUCCUUCAACUACAAUAAAUACAUCAACUGCUACAACUAUUAUGAGUUCUACAACAAGAACUAAAAUGUAA